CGCCGUUCGUGUCGCACAUGCCGCUCGGCGUCGCGACGUCAAUCCUCCGAUCGCGAAAAAAGUUUAACACACGAAACUUUCUUGAGACUUUCCUUUCAACCCGAACACUGUUGAAGUGGAACUGUCUGCUUUUGAUCCAAACGUUGAGUGACCUUAGCUAAAACCGGAAUUCGGUACCCCCAAGAACGGGUUUAGAGCCCGGGCCCGUGGCAGGACAUUCGUGAAGUGAUAACUUGAUUUUCAGUGCUGUGUUCAGUGUGGGUUACUGGAUUUUUCAUUGCCGUUAUACAGAUCGAUUAAGGAGGAGGACUGGUCUCUGCCUCUUAAGGUCGGCUACUCAUAACAGUGCUGUCAAACUUUUCCAGCAUGCCGCCGCCCGCCUAAGGCAUGAGUGUGCGCGGAGCGGGGGGGCAGCGCUGCCAACUAAUCUUGCAGCGUUGCCUCGCGAUCCACCUCACGAAGCCGGGCAACGCGCCAGAUGACUUCUGGAUGUACGAUUCUGGUUAUCUGCUGUUCCAGAGUUUCCUGGCAGCUAACGCAAAAUGUUGGUGGGCGGGAGCCCUCGCUGCAGCAACGGCAGAGUUGCGUUAUGCCGGCUACGUAUCGCCAGGAGUGCUCCUUGUGGCGGGGGCCCCGCGCGCGUUGGAAACCGUGAGAGGGGCCUACUCUCGAUCAGUAUUGAAACCACCACCUACUUAUCUUAUUUGCGGGCUUGGUGAUAUAGAGGACUGCAUCGUGACGCCGGCGUACCAGGGGCAGUUUACGCCUUUACCGGAAGCACUAUGCGAUUGCAUUAUGGACCUUACUUCGCAGGGGCAGUCCGCUACAUUAGAAAGUAUAAGAACCUCGCUAUCAGUAAAGUUUCCGUCUAUGCAGACGCCAUCACAAGAGGUGGUGUAUGACACGCUAGCCCAGUUAAUGCAAGAAAGAAAAAUAUACCAAACCUCGAGAGGAUUCUUCAUAGUAACACCAGAGCGUCGCCGGUCCCGUUCGCGCUCUUCCUCCCGUCAUCACUCAACAGAAGAUGAAUGCAGCUCUCCCCGUACCAUUCUCAUGUCAGAUCAAGAAGCGCUUCACCAGCUAUACGGAGAAAUAACCACCGUGCGUGAUGGAGCAGUAACGCACCAAUGUGUGCAGACCAACUUGGCUGAUGUUAUAUGUGGAGGAAACCCCAAUGACAAAAUCCUGUAUGGUAGACCAAAUAAACGACGUAGCGCAUCGUUCCCUGCUCCCCGCUCACUUGAUCGCCGCCACUCCCUGAGGAUCUUCGGCUCCUCGAGCAAGUACUUGCAGCGAUGCGCUUCCACACGCAGCUUGCACCAUAAACACGCUAACACGACAGAUAGCUCGUCUUCUACCGACUACCCACCAAGCGUAGAAUCUGCGUCGCCUAAGAAAGUGUCGUUGCUCUCCCGCUUAUUCAGACGAAGCGGCCGCAGCAAGCAGACCCGCGCGAUGAGCACCUUCUCUGCACAGUUCCCGCCCACUGAGUGGUUCAACUCUAAAGCGGUACAUCUACAUUGUGUGGCUACGCAAACGGACUCUAAGGAGUCACUGCAGAGUCAAACAUCUAUCGUAUCAUCGUACUAUGACGGUUCGGAGAUCAGCAAUCGGUCGUCGACAUUACCGAGAAGGCAUAAAAGACAUCUUUCCACUGAGUCUGGCCUAGCGACUUCCACACAAUACGACCAUUCACCUGUAAGGCAGUCCAGCCCUAGUUCUGGAAGUCUACCGAGAUCCACUUUAAGUAGAAGUUCAACCAAUAAAACCAUUUUAGAUCAUUUUGGGUCACCUCAGAGAAACAGCGAACCAAAAUUAAGAGACAGUCCCAACGGAAGUUUACGUCGUGUGGAUUACUCCGACAACGUUAUGUCUACGAGUGGCCCUUCAAGCUUAGAGAGCACGAUUAAUCACCGAACGCCUAGAAAGGAUUGUAAAAACGGUCAUAUAGAUCUAAAUUCGUCCAUGAAAAGAACCUACCAUACUAGUAGCAGCGGUCACUCCAGUUUAGAAUCGCACAUAUCAGAUCGCACCCUAAAGCCUUCGCCUAGUCAUAGUAAUGGAGCGUCGGGUCUAAGUAGAGCACAAUCACUCGUUAAAGUUCAAAGUCUGCAAAGUUCACCCAAAAGUUUACAUAAGUACAGAACGAAACCUCCAAUUGUCGGCGGUGAAACAAUAAAAAACGGCACGAGCGCCUCACCGAGGACUUCACCAAAAAACUGUCCAAGUACACCCAAAAAACCCGCAACCCCUCUGCAUAACAAGCCACUAGGAACAAAGGUUGAAAAUCCCGCCACUGCAAUGCUGGCCAGUUCUAACUCCAACAAUUCUAUAACACUUAAGGUCACUACUAACACAAUGUCACAAAACGGCGGCACAAACACUAAAGUCUAUGUACAAAAUUCCCCAGUCCGCUCUGUCAUCACAUUUGAAAAUGGCAAAGUUAACGAAUCCAGUAGCGGAAGUAAUAUCUAUAUUAUUAAUGAUGACAGACAGGUUGUAUCGGUUUCACAAAACGGUACAAAUCAAUCAGCAAAUAACCCCAAGGAAACUUCCUUUGACGUUUGCGUGGAAAAAAAUAAACAAAUUUACCAAGAAUCGGAGCCUGUAAAAAUACAAGAAAAUAAGUUUAAUAAAAAUUCGAUUAAUGACACGGGUAUGAAUAAUAAUCGAAAACUAUCUUUACAAAUAGGCGGCGCAGCAAACAACAAUAGUUUUAUAUACAAAAAUCAAUUAAAUAAUACGAACGAAGUAGUUUCUAAUCCAUCAUCUCCGGCCAUACAUAAUAACAUAAACAAUAUGGAAACAAGCGCUAAUAGUAAUCCUUCAACGCCAACGAAAAGUUAUGAUAACGUAAUUGGAUCUUUAGGUAAUCUAAGAUAUCAAAAAAACUCUUUAACAUCGGCAAAUACAGGUAUUCAUGCGAAUAUAAAUUCGAAUAGCGAACUUAAAAGCGUUGACCUGUUAAAGAAAGCAGCUGCUUUGCAAAUGUUGAAUGGGCUUCCAAAUGUACAUAAUAGGAUGAGCUCAGAGUCGAUAGCAAAUUUGUUAACGAAAGGUAUCGAUCAAAAACCGACUGUGCUUGGCUCGGAACCGAACCUUGCACUGAAAAAUUCUGAAUUGAUAAAAGAUAUUAAUACUUCAACCGAGAAAAUCAACUGCUUAGAGAACAAACAGAAACGAUACAGCCUUAGCCAGGAUGGGAAAAAAGAUCACCAGGACUUUUAUAAUUUCCCAAGCCUAAGCGACUUGAGCUUUAAUUUUACUAGUUUAGCUGCACAAAAGAUUCUGAAAGGGGUCAGUAUAAAUAGCGUUGACACAUUGGUAGAAUUAAACAUGGCUGCCAACGGUUCGGAGAAGCAAAACAAUCGUGAUGUCGCUGCGGUAUGCACAGACUUCGGACUUGUAUAGUAUAUAGGCUUUGUUUAUUUUGUUUAAAUGUACAAUAUUAGUCGUAAUCAAUACACAAUGUAAGCUAGUUAAAACUUAUUUGUAACGACUUCAUAACAUACCUUAGGUGCACGCUAUAUUUAGUUCAAACAUUGUACUCAUUUGGGAUUUUGUACUCUCAAAUUAUAAAAUUGUCAUUUAGAAAUCUUAUAUGUAUCCUUUUAACGGUUUUUAGACUUUACUAACCUAUCAUCUACAAACAUUAACUUAGAAAUUUAAUUCAUUCAGUAUUCAUGUGAUUAUAUUAACAAUCAGUAAAUUCUUAGUUUGUAGUUGCACUGAAAGUAAUACGACAAUAAAAAUUACUUCAAGAAAAACAAGUGGCCUAAAAAUACCCAUCCAUAAGGAAUUUAGUGCCUAUAUCAAGUAUUAUAUUGUAACCUGUCACUUUUAAGAAGUAAUAUUAUAUUCUAAACUUACUAGCCUUUAGCACCUAUAAUUGUUUACACUUCAUUAAUACUUAUUGUAUUUUCCACAAACCAGCACUUCUGUUUGUGCCAUCGCAGAUUUUCCAGUGAAAUAGUUGAGUACAAACUAGAUUACCUACAUCUCCAUUUAAAACAGAUUCCAUCCAAAGGUGGGAAUUUAUAGGGAUGUUAUGUAAAGUGUAUGUCAUGUAUAAGUGCCAUAAAUAAAACCAUAUUGUAAUGAAAUGAGAAUCAGGCAAUUAGUAUGAUUAUUGUGGAUUGGUGACCAUUAUUUUUAUUUGUCUGCUGCACUGUAAGUGUGGUCGAAAUAAAGGGUAAUAUUUAUUCAUUAGAGAAUAUAAUCGGAGUCAAUGCAUAUUAGUGUUAAGUGUUCAGUAACGCCAUUUGUAAAAAAAUGUAUUAACAAUAUAAGUUGAUGCUUUA